GCCGCCGAACAUUUAUCAAAACUUAUGGCCCGUUCGAAUAGCUUAGAAUCGGUAUUAUCGUCAUCGUCGGAAGUAUUUUUCGAUUGUCUUGACAUAUCCUCGCCAUCAACGAGUAAAACACCGUUGGUACGUUGGAGUUCGGAAUUAUUGGAAACCGAAUGCGAUUCUCCUCGGCAAAAGCAUUCACUUCCUGAAGCGACUAAUAUUGUUCUGUUAAUUAUGAUAUUUCAAAAUGACGCAUAUCCCGAGGCAUUAAUGGAGAACAAAACGACUGAUGUGAGCUCAUUAAAAACAAUGAUCGAAGAGUUAAUCUCGAAUCAUUAUUCGCAGUUGAAAUCUCGUGUGCAUUUUCUAACUAUUUCAUGUGGAAAUGAAUUAAGUGUACCAUUGUUACAAUUAAUAUCAAUAAGUCCAUCGUUUGGAGCAUUUCAUCCGUCUGCAGUGAAAAAUAUGAUUAAAUCUGCGAAUCAAGCGUUUACUAACUUUAAAGAAACGGAACUUGGACGGUCCUUUGCUGGAGAAAUAUUUGCUAUUGGCGAUCAUCUUGGCGGUCUUUUAUUAUACGAAUCAUUAAAGCAGAUAAAUAAAGAAAGUGUUUCAAGGCAUUCAAGUUCAGUAUCCGCGAAUUCUCAUGUGAUCUCUGAUGAAAAGGUGAUAUCCGCAUCAGUUGUCGAUUUUCCACAGAAUGGAACACGAGAAAGGCAAAUUCAUCGAAAUUUUUCGGCUCCCCCUUCAUCAGAGGAAAUAACAAAACUAAAUUUUCGAACGAGUACAGUUUUUCUUCUUGGAUGCCCUUUAGCAUUGAUUCUAAUUCAGAGGAAAAUGAUUGGCAUUGAGUUAGAUGCGCUUGAUUGUGGGCAAGUGUUUAAUUUAUAUUAUGCACUGGAUCCAUGUGGUGCACGCCUUGAACCAAUUUUAAAUCCUCAACUUGCAACAGUUCCUCCAGUUAGUGUGCCUCGUUAUCAAAAAUAUCCUCAUGGUGACGGUCGACCUAUUCAUUUUGAUAGUGCGUUCACUUCAUCUUUAUUAUGGGGUACUCGAAGAAUCGAUCAUAAUUUAUAUUGUCCACAUGCUAUGGUCGCUUUGCCUUCUACGGCUUUACCAAAUAUUUUACAUGCUUCUUACUGGGAAAGUGCUGAUGUUGCCGCUUUCAUAUUAAGGCAGUUCAUUAGCUAUGAAGAUGCACUUCCAUUAUCUUCCCUUUCUAAUAUCUCAACUAUUCCUACGAAAAUCGACCCGGGUCCUUUAUCAUGGAAUCGUAAAACAACAAGAUUCAAAAUCGGUAAUCUGGCGCCAAAUCAUCGAGCCAACGAUGUGAUUGCUGUUGAAGGAAAUGAGCAACUGGUCAAUGCUAGAUUUUGCUAUGGUCCAAUGGAUCUUGUUUCGUUAUCAAGAGAAUUGAUUUCGGUGUAUGUAUGCCCUGUUGGUGGUGAUUGGGAACUUAUUUCAGUGGAAACGACUGAUUCACAUGGUCGUAUCUCCUUCAUUACUCAUUUACCGGUUGGAAUACAUUGUGUGAAGGCCAUAGUUCAUGGGGACCAUUCGUUUCUCGAUCUCUAUGUAGCAGUCGUAUCUCGGAAUACUCAAUGUGUUGUGUUUAGUUUUGAUGGAUCUCUAACUGCAUCAGUAUCUGUAACUGGUCGAGAUCCUCGAGUACGGGCUGGUGCCAUUGAUGUUGUGCGCUUCUGGCAUGAUUUGGGUUAUCCGAUUAUUUACAUUACUGCUCGACCAGAUAUGCAACAAAGAGUGGUUAGCACUUGGCUGGCGUUACAUAAAUUUCCCCAUGGUCUUUUAUUCUUCACUCCUUCAUUUUCUACAGAUCCAUUAAAGCAUAAAACUGUUCAUUUACGUAGUCUUAUUGAAAUGGGUAUUUCUAUUUGCGCUGCUUAUGGAAGUAGUAAAGAUGUGGCUGUUUAUUCAUCGGCCGGCAUUGAAAAUUCUCGAAUAUUUUCCAUUUCACGUGUAAAACGUAAAAACUGUGAACAUAUAGACUCGUAUUCUGCUCAUCUUGACGAUCUCAAUAACGGAGCUAUUGAUUUUGCGCAUCCCGUUGAUAAUUCACUUAUAUUUCAUCAUAAUACGUCUUUCACAUUUAACAAUAACAGAAAUUUAGUUCAACGUACACAUUCAUUUACACCUCGAAGUGGUCGAUAUAUUAAUGAAAAAAAGGAUAAACUUCGCUGA